AUGGACUCGGCGGUGCUCUCGCUCACCUGCGCCGGCCUCGGCGCCCCCGAGGAGGACGAAGAAGGCGGCGCCGUCGGCUACGUCAAGGGCGAGCACUGCCUCGAUAACCUGAAGGAUCUGCAGAGGCUGCUGCGGCGGGACGACCCGGAGCGGCGGGAGGUUUUCAAGCAGGUCUGCAAGUGGAAGAUCGCGUCGAGGGAUCUGGUGCCCAUCAUCGAGAACUACCAGGCCGACCGCAACCUGGUGAUCACGGCAGUGAAAGUGCUGGUAUUCCUUACCAUGCCUGUGGACCCUUCAUCAGAGGAUGUUGCACAGCAGAUUGAGUAUCUGUGGGAUUUGAAGGCUGCACUGACGCGCAAUGUUGCAAUCGCGGUCAUUGUGUCUCUUCUUGAGGACCCAUUAGAUCACUUGGAAAGAACUGCAUUCACGGAAGAUGACUGGAAGCUAGUUCAGCUGGUGCUUACUUUGUUCCGGAACCUCUUGGCUGUUCAAGAAAUCACAUUGCCUCAGAAGGCAUCUGGGGAAGCUACCCAGUUACUAUUCCUGGCUGACAGUUUUUUAGAGCUCAUGUUUCAAGAAAACAUGAUGGACCUAAUCUUGGUGCUAACUCAGCAUAUUGAUGAGCCCUCUGGUUAUCUCAAGCACGAAAAUCUUCUUUUAUUGGAGAUCUUUCAUUAUCUCUUCUUAGGCCGGGACCCUGAAUUGAUUGCCAAAGUUCGUACUGAAGGCUCAAAGGAUCAGGUUAAUAGAGAUAUUGAUACAUCAAUUGAUUCGUUGAGAUUGAUGAUGGAGAAGGAAGAUAGGGAAAAAAAGAUGUUCAGGCAACGAAAUGCAGAGCAGCACUCACACAAUGGAAUUUUUACGUUCCUUUCAAUGGAUGGGUCUAAAUCAUUGUGCAAAGGGAAUCCCAGCUCAGCAAUAGCAUCUGCAAAUAGCCUCCGGAAAAUACGAAGUGUCCAAAAAGGCCCUCAGAAAAGGAUAGCAUGGGAUAAUGAACUUCUUUACAUUCCAAAGGAGGGUAUUAUGGAAACGCUAAGAAGUUUCCUGGAUCAAUUUUUAUCUGGAGGAUAUAAUGUCCUGAUGCAGUCUAUUUGUGAUGAUAUCGUGAAGGAACAUCAAUCUAUCGAGAAAUCUGAUAACAUUACAUUCUUCAAAGUUGUUCGAUUUGUCUUAGCUUUUCAACAUGAGAAAGCAUCAAAUGCUCAGAAAUCUAGUGCUGGGCCCCAGAUCUCUGAGACUUCACCAAGCAAUGAAUCUGAAGAUAAUCUACCAUUUCGUGGUGACAUAUGUGGACCUGUUGCAGCCACAUUGAAUGAAGAUAUGUUCAAUAUAGUCAUUUCCAGGUGGCGUGAGACCUAUGAAGACCUGAAGCAAACUAAAGAUUACAAAACACUUUCAGCCGCUGGGUCCUUAAUGAAGAACAUGAUUGGCAUGAUAUACUUGGUGCUAAAAGUUCACCCUGAAGAUUCAAGGGAAUCUCAAACAGCUCGUGUUUUACUGUAUAAGCUGUUCUAUGAUCAGACAGAACAAGGCCUUACUCAAUUUCUCCUGAACUUGUUCAGAUCUUUUGAUACUCAUAAGCAACCAAAAAGUGCUCUUGCGGAUCUGGUAGAAACAAUUCAUAUCAUGCUACAGCUCAUGGAGAAGCUUCAAUCACGUGGUGCUUUAAGGGUUGCGAAGAGGACAAGAAAGGGAAGAAAAAAGAAGACAUCAGGUGACAAAAAUGAGAAUGCCAAACCUGAAACAGAGAACAUGGAAACAGAGAAUCCAACAGGUGGGACUAAAUGUACAUCUGAUUCACUUCCAGAUUUGAGAAGUGAGGAUCCUCUGGCAGAGCUUACUGUCCCGGAGGAGGGAAAAGUUGAUUCCAACGUCACAGAACUACCAGAUACAGCUGUGGAAACGGUGGUAAGUCUGGAGGGCACCACACAGCUUGGGGGUGAUCCAUCUUGUGCAGGUAGUGCUGAAAUGAAAGGAAAUGCCAUUAAUGAAGAGGAAGAUACUUCAGAUUCUUCAGCUGAUGAUUGCCCCCCAGCUACCAGCGAAGCUGAUUUUAAUGUAUCACGGUUAAUAUCCAGCCUUGCCAACAAUUCUGUUGUCCAAAAUAUAUGCUGGUUGUUAAGGCACUAUAAAACUAACUCCUUUCGAACAAAUCACUACAUCAUAUGCAUGCUGCGAAGAUUCUGUGAAGAUCUGGAGCUGUCACCAAUGCUCUAUCAGCUAUCGCUUCUAACUACCUUCUAUGAUAUAUUAGCUGAACAGCAGGCGUCGAGUUCAAAGGAGUAUGCAAACAUUGUAAAUUUUCUAUCUAAAGUUAUAAGGAAGAUGCUGAGGGCAAUGAAAAAACAGCCACUGUUAUUUGUUGAGAUACUCUUCUGGAAAUCACGAAAGGAGUGUCAUCUCAUUGAUGCUGAUGCCCUACUGAAUGAGAUCAAGGGGGAUGUUAACAAUAAUGCUAGUGAAGUCGGUGCAAGUAAGGGAUGGAGAGGUCCAGUAAAUAUAGCAGAUUCUCUUGGCGAUGAUGAAGCUGACAAUGUUAUACCACAAGAACCAUAUGAUGCUGAUAAGGAUGGAGAUUCAUCUUCUGGUGAGCGUGAAGGUGAUAAUCAGAAGAGCAUGGGUGCCACAAAUAGAAGGAACAGGUUACUGUCACUUUCAGGCAGUGACUCUGAGGAUAAUGAUAGGAAUACUGUAUCAAGACGCUCUCAGAAUUCAGGGGUCCCAAAGAGACGAGGGCGUUCCAUUUUUAACGAAGAGCAAGAGAAGCUUAUCAGUGAUCUUUACGAGAAAUAUAAGGAUGACCGUAAAUGCAGCCAUCUAAUUGCUGAAGCUUUAGAUCCCAGUGGAAAGAUAUCUUCGGCUCAAAUUUCUCGAAAGCUUACACAGCUAGGUCUCAGGAAUGCCAAGAAGAGGACAAAAGUUCCAGAGGCACCUCUCUCAGCUGGAGACCUAGCUACACAACCACAAAACCACACACUAGAUGAUCCCAAGCCAGAGAGCACCCGGCGCAGAAGGAAAAGGUUACAUGGGUUAAGCAGUAAUCAUGACAAUGGCGCUAAUCAUCCAAUAUCAUCUGAUGAAGAAACACUGCAAGCACUUAAGAGCAGAACCAAAACUAAGGAGCUGUCCUCGGAGGAUUUUUCGCCGAGUAUAUCACAGCAUCAAGAUGAGGCUUUGCAAGGCACGGAUUCUGAUGAUGAGACCAUAGGUUCUAUGCUUAGUAGAGGAAAGAAGAAAAGGUUAUCUGCGUCAGAUUUUACCGCGAAUGGACAAGAACACCAAGAUUCUUCGAAGAACAUGGCUCCGGUCGUUGAGACUAUUGGUCUAAAUACAAUGGACGUGUCUCUCCAACCGGAGUCAAACUCACUUGAUGAUAACAGUGGUCAUGCUGGCGAGGCUGAACUUUUGGAUGACUUCAGUGAGCCCGAGAUGGAUAAUCGUGAGAAUAGUGAGCAAAGGGUCACCAAUGAGAUGAACAUGACUGAAUCUGGGGACAUGGGAAGCUCCUACGGUAGUCAAAAGGCUGGUUCGAAAAGAAGAAACAGACUUGUAAUUGAUGACGACGAUGAUGAUGAGUAGGUUACCCAGAAGAUGUUGAAUGGAAAGCUGGAUUCAGCAGCUUGGAACAGAUGUUGGGCUACAGCUGCUGGGUGACAUGCUUCUGAGUUCGGAGCAGGGUUCCAGUGAAGAUUAGCA